AUGGCUGCUAACGAUGCUCAGGCUUCAACUAACUACAAGGAGGCUUUCUCAUUAUUCGACAAGCGAGGCAAUGGCCGUGUUUCCCUCGACAGCCUCGGCGACCUCCUGCGCGCUUGUGGCCAGAACCCUACCUUAGCCGAGAUCAGAGAUUUGGAGCGUAAUGUUGGUGGUGACUUUGACUUCGAGACUUUCUCGAAAAUCCUGAAUCGACCAGGUGGCUUCCGCGAUCCCGGCGAACCCGACGAAUACUGCCGCGGCUUUCAAGUUUUCGAUAAGGACAUGACUGGCUUUAUUGGUGUUGGUCAACUCAAGUACAUCUUAACGAAUCUGGGAGAAAAGAUGACGGAUGAGGAAGUGGACGAGCUACUCAAGGCUGUCGACACCAGCUCAGGACAAGUCAACUAUACUGAACUUGUCCGAACCAUCCUAGCCAACUAA